UAUAUUUGUACAUUAGCUCGCGCCUGGAAUACUUCGCCCCUGAAAACCGUUACUGCGUGUAUCAAGCUUGCCCAUAGAUGUUGAACCGUGCCCGGACAUGAGAAGAGAUAUAAAGGUAGGUCCUAAGCAGUGAGUUGAGAGAUUUGUUCCCUGUCUGUCAUCAAAUCUACCAUUCUUCACUCCGUCUUCGAGCAACCAUAUUCAACUCUUGCAAAUAUGGUACAACUGCGUACCGUUCACGCUCAUAAUGCAGCCAUCUUUCAGAGCAGACCCAUUGUCGCAGUCUUCGCUGGAGCUACUGCUGGCAUUGGGGAAGCCACUCUACGUGCUUUAGCAGCUGCUCACGGAACCACGGGCAAGGGGCUUCGGGUCUACAUUGUUGGCAGGAAGAGGGAAGCUUUUCAGCGGAUUGUCUCUGACUGUACUCGUCUUUGUCCCGCCGGCCAGUUCAAUUUCGUCCUGUCGCCGGACUUAUCCCUCUUGACGAAUGUCGACAAAGCCUGCGCUGAGAUCACCAAAGCGGAACAGGAGAAUGCAAAAGGAGAGCAGGCCAGGAUAGAUAUUCUGUGCAUGAGCCAGGGUGAUUUCAACUUCGAUGGAUAUCAAGAGACCAAAGAAGGCAUCGAGUGGCGUUACUCCCUGCUCUAUCAUUCUCGAAUGAAGUUCGUCGUCAACCUUCUACCAUUACUGCGAGGUUCCGACUUUCCGGCUCAUGUCAUCUCAGUCUUCGGUGCUGGCAAAGAAGGAGACCUGCACCUGGAUGAUCUAUCACUGCGCGGAAUCAAAGUUCGCGGCUUGACCAAUGUCAGGUCACAUACUGUAUACCUGCACACCUUCUUCAUGGAGUACCUCGCAGCACAGAACCCUGGGAAACUCAGUCUAGUGCACGUGUACCCUGGCCUAGUGAUGACUCCGGCAUUCAAAAACCCAGGCGUUCCAAUAUGGUUCAAAGCGAUCUGGACCGUUAUCACUCCGGUCACAAAACUACUCACCACUUCUCCUGCGGAAGCCGGUGAACGCAUCUUGUUCCUGGCAUCUCCACUUCGAUUCCCAGCACGAGGAGCCACGGAGCAGAGCACUGCGACGAAAGGUGGAGAGAUCGAAGUGGGUGUCGCAAAGGGUUCCGACGGCAAGGUUGGCAGCGGAGCGUAUGCUGUGGAAAUCAGUGGUGAGGCAGUCGAGAAUGAGAAAGCAGGCUAUAAGAAGUACAGGAAAGAGGGUGUGGGCGAGAAGCUUGUGGCGUAUACAUUGAAGGCUUUCGAGGUCAUCAAAUCCGGGAAAGUCUUCACUGAAUAAUCAAUGUUUUGUUAUAGCUUGCGUUAUAUACUCCAUACAGCAAUAAAUUCACUUUUCG